AAACGACGACGUCAAGGUCAAAGCCCCGCCUCGAGCCUCUCUCACCGCAGAAAGCAGCAACGAACGCAAAAUCGAAUAGGCGUCGGGAAGAGCUCGAAGAUUCUCAGGGAUCGGAGAGCAGCAGCAGCUUCGAAUCCGCGGCGAAAAUGGCCAACUCGCUGCGACUGUACUUGACUUGCAUCCGGAACACUCUCGAGGCGGCCAUGUGCCUGCAGAACUUUCCUUGUCAAGAAGUUGAGAGGCAUAACAAGCCAGAGGUUGAGCUAAAGACUAGUCCCGAACUGCUGCUAAAACCGAUCUUGAUAUGCAGAAAUGAAGCUGAAAAGUGCUUGAUAGAAACUUCUAUUAAUUCAUUACGAAUAAGCCUCAAGGUAAAACAGGCAGAUGAACUUGAAAACAUAUUGACCAAGAAGUUCCUAAGAUUUUUGUCAAUGAGGGCAGAAGCAUUUCAGGUGUUGAGGAGGAAGCCAGUACAGGGUUAUGACAUAAGCUUCCUCAUUACGAACUACCACUGUGAGGAGAUGCAGAAGCAUAAGCUUAUUGAUUUCAUUGUGCAAUUUAUGGAGGAUAUAGAUAAAGAGAUAAGCGAACUCAAGAUGUCAGUUAAUACGCGAGGAAGGUUGGUCGCUGGAGAGUUUCUGAAGCAAUUUAUCUGACCCUUCUUAUUGUGCAUUUUAUUCAUGAAGUUGGCCCUUGAAAGAUUUUGUCAAGCCGAAUUCUCAUAUCCUUGUGAUGCAGCCACAAGCUCAGACCGGCAUUGUCAGUCCCUUGCUGAUUCCUGUUUGUGAGUAAAUAGUCAUUUUGCUUUCAGCCAACAAGAAGGAGAGAAAGGAAGCGCAGAUUGUCAUAUAGAACUGUUUUGAGCAUGAAGAAGAUAAGACUUGAUUAUGUUUGCCUGUUUAAAUGGCUGUAUAGUAUUUGAUUUGUUAGAAUUGCUAAUCGCUCAGUUUGUUAGUGACCUAUAUUUUCUUAUCCAGAUGGUCCCAAUGCCGAUUUCUACUUUUAAAAUGGGCAAAAGCUCAUGUCAUAUUCCUGGAAAGUACACUCGUUUAGAGCUCCAAUGUGCUAGAGCAAGUAUAGCAUUGUAAACCCUGGACUAGCUUUGGAGCUAUGCGUGGUAGUACAAGCAUGGAUGAUAGAUAUGGUGAUAGACAAAUUUUUAAGGUGCGA